GCGACAUCUAGCGGCACCUAAAACAAGUGCAUAUCCCAACUAACCUCAAAAAGCAAGUUUAUAUUCUUGUCGUGUUUACAUCUUUUUAUUUAUAAUAAAUUAACAAAUAUAAAAUGUCAGAUGAGGAGGUGAUAAAAAGGAGGCUCCUUUUCGACGGCGACGGUACCGGCGACGAUCGCCGUUUAAAUCUGAUGCUCAAAAUGAUCGCCAAACACAUAUACUCGUCGGAAGAGAACCCCCAAGAGCCACAAGUCUUUCAGAAGCUUCUGGCCCAGUUAAACCUGUGCGAACUGUCCAGAAACCGGUCAGAAUUGGUGCACAAAGCGACCGAAGCACAAAAACAACAGUACAUAGAACUUCACAAGGAGUACGAGCAGAAAAUCGCCGACAUCAAGAAGGAAAUCGAGGUAAAACAAAAGGAACUGGAACAGGCUAAGCAAAUGAAACAGAACAAAAUCAUGUACGAUCUGUUGGCACAGAGUGUGGCCAAGGAGCCCACUCGACAAGACACCAACAGCAAAUUGACGGAUCUACAGUCGGAAUUAAAGGAUCUCAGUGAGAUGAAAAAGAAGUGUGAUCUGGACCUGGACCAGAGGAGGAAACAGUGUUAUGUGUUAUCGACAUCGGCCAAUGCGUUGGCUGGUUUAAUUGAAAAUGAUGAGAAAGUGCAAGAUACGUCCAUGAACGAGUCGCUCGACGAUGUGGCAAACAGUCCUGGGCCUGAGCCAAUGUCAGAGUAACAGUUCAUUUGUGUGGACCCUUUUGGUUACACAUUUGUGGUACACAAAUGACUGAAUUGUUAAAAAUUAACAUUUUUAACAUUAUUAUCAUGUACAUAAAAGACAAACAUUUCAUUAAGAAUUUUCUAUAUUGUGUGUUUUGUAGGUUUUAAGUUAUAAUGUUCUGAUUUUAUUGUGAAAUCAUUUUAAAAUUUGAAUUAAUUAAAAAUAUUAUAGUAAACUUUUCUACAUACAUGUGUAUAUAGACAAUAAAAAAUUGGUUAAUUAUUUUCUAA